AGCGACAGCAUUUGGCACUUGUUUUUCCACUUUGCUCGUCGCCGCCGCUGCUUACAGCUCGUAAACAUAUUUUAUUUCCGUAUCAUCAAAUCAAAAAGAACAAAAAAAAAAUAAUAAUUUUUAGCAAAUUUUAAGCAAAAAAUAAUAUUUUAACUAAAUUAUGGCAACAUUACCGCCACGAAAGAAUCCAACACCAACGAGAAUCUCGAAGCAGCAUCUAACUCCGUUGCAGACGCUGCUACAGAUGGGUUUUCAAAAGCAUAGGGCAGAAAAGGCUUUAGCUUCGACCGGCAAUCGAGGAGUACAAAUUGCUUCCGAUUGGUUGUUGGCUCACGUAAAUGAUCCAUCGCUAGACGAAUGUAUUCCGCGUGAAUACAUUUUAUAUGCGUGUCCAACUGGUCCUUUUCUGCACCAAUUGGAAGAAUUCUGGAAUAAAUCACGAUUAUUGUGUGGCUGGAAUGGAGCACACAAUUAUGUUCCACACAUUACAUUGGUUUCGUUUUUCAAGGCUCCUGACGAAUGCGCUUUACAACUAUCUAAAGCCUUGAAACAAAUCGUUGAUAUGGCUGGUGCCUUAUUAGAUCGACCAAUUAAGCUAGAAUUGUAUAUGAGUCCAAAUUUUAUGGGAUUUUUUGUUGCCGAAGAUGAUGCCAACUAUUUGAAACGAUUGGCUUUACAAUAUGUGAAGGAAUCAUCUAAUUCAAUAAUAAGUGAUACUUAUGAGCAACUUGAUGCAAUUGUGGCUUGCUUUCCAUGGUGUGGGGCCGUAUCUUCUGGUAAUCGAUGCAUACCGCGCAGCAGUCGAUCAAUAUCAUUGGAGCCGCACGUUAAAUCACUUCAUUUGACCUUAGCGUAUCAGUUCCCGCAGAGCCAAUUUAAUGCACUGAAAACAUUAGUGGAAUCAUUAGAUCCAUCUUGUGCAUCCAGUUGGGAACUUCGAUUAUAUUCGCGCGAUCCAAGGCUAGCGACGAAACAAGUACACAAAGUUCUAUAUCCACAUAGUCCACAUGAAAUCGAUGAACUCGAAUUGCGAAUAGGUGAUUUUAUUUACUUGAAUAGUGAUUCUGUGGAUAAUUCGUGUGAUGGAUGGGUUGAGGGUAUUUCAUGGUUAACUGGUAUGACUGGAUAUUUACCUGUAAAUUACACUGAACGCACAGCAGAAUCAGAUGCAUGGACUAUGCAUAGAGUUGUUCAAUUAUCAAAAUCUAUAACACCAUCAUUGACAUCAGUUGAAGAAAUUGAUAUUGUAGACGGAAGAAGUUUAUCGACCGAGGACGAACGAAGGGAUUUACAUCCAGGUCAUUUACACCAAGAUUUAAUUGAAGGCUCCUCUUUCACUGAAGAAUCCGACCUUAGCGCUGAAAGAUUUUUACGAAAGACCUUAAUUAACCGUUGUGUUGAAAUUCCAUCAGUUUUACAAGCAAUACAUCCACCACCAGAAAUAGACAACGACGCUGACAUAGACAGCUCAAGUAUGCAGUCGGAAAAGAAAGACUCCAGCACAUCGAAAGCGACAAAAAAUCGCAAAAUCUAUGUAAUGCGUCAUGGUGAAAGGGUCGACUUUACAUUUGGCACUUGGAUUCCUUAUUGCUUUGAUGAGUUUAAUAAUUAUGUGAGAAAGGAUCUAAAUAUGCCUAAAUCGUUACCUAAAAGAAAAAAUUGUCCAGAGGGUUGGCAAAAUGAUUCGCCUUUAACGAAUAUUGGACUUUUCCAAGCUAAAUUAGUUGGUGAGGCAAUGUAUGAGGCUGGCAUUCAAGUGGAUCAUGUUUAUUGCUCACCAGCUUAUCGUUGUGUACAAACAUGUACAAGUGCUCUAGAAGGUCUUAAACUUAAUGGAAAACACAAGCUACGUGUGGAAGCUGGACUUUUUGAAUGGAUGGCUUGGUAUCCCGACGGAGUGCCAGAUUGGUGUACUCUGGACGAAUUAAUUGAAGCGCGUUAUCACAUUGAUAAAGAAUAUGAACCAAUAUUAAAUGGGACCAAUCUAAAUGACGUCAUCAAAGAGACAUCUGAAGAAUUUUACAAUCGCAAUCAUGAAUGUUUACUAAAAAUCCUUGAAUCAACAACUGGCAAUAUAUUGAUUGUAGCACAUGCAACGACUCUAGACACCUGCUCACGUCAGUUAAUUGGAGAAAAUCCACGUUCCACAAAUGAAUUGCGGCAGGUUAUUCACAAAAUUCCAUACUGCAGUCUGGCAACUGUGGAGCAAAUAAAUGGCGAAUGGAAAUUGGUUGAACCAGAAUUUUUGCCUGUGACGCAUUCAAAGAAUCCACGUUUCGAAUGGAAUGCAUUGACUGCCACAUAGUGUUCGUGCUUUGAAGAUCUUCUAAAACCAGUAGUGCAGUAGAUGUGUAGAGUUGUUUUUUUUUAUACAUAGACAAAAAAUAAAAUAAAAUCACAUACAAAACAAGUAGAAAAAAAUACAUAAUUAAAUUAAUUAAUUAAUUAUUAUUACUAUCGUAUUGUAUACUCAUCACUCAAUUCUGUACUACCUUGGAUAAAAGAAAAAAAAAUAUAUUGUUAAAUUAUUAUUACUAUUAUUAUUAUUAUUGAACUUAAUUAUUAUUAAUUAAUAUUAUCAUUACUCACAAAAACAUAAACAAAGAUAUUAAACAAUUUUUACAAAAAACAAUCCCUAUACAAA